GGUAACGUCAUUUAAACCCAAAGAAAACGUCUGCCGAAUUCCAACCACUGAGGCUUUCCAAGGAGUAAGUUUGCCUUCAUGGCAAAUCCAAACAUUUUUACGCUUUUGGUUUGUCUUGGAAUCGGAAAAGGAUUGUUUGUAUCUUCAAGUGAAAUUCCUAUAACAACAAGUUUACAAUAUUAUGAAGACGUGACACCAUUAUUUUCUGUAAACGAAACAAGAGCUGGAAGUUAUGUUGACCUCGGUUCCUACCCACAUUGGUGCCUGGGAAAUAUAACUGACUGUCAAAAUGGCUUAAGUGUUGCCCUAUGGACAAAGGCGUUGCCGGCCACCGCUAGCACAAAAAACAGAAUCCUCAUUACAAAUGGUGGCCAUGUUGAAAAUGGCGAGGGAUUUUAUAUAAUGCAGGAAUAUGGUUACCAGUAUAUAGUGGUAGUAAACUCGGGAACUAGUGUGUGGAAAGGCAGCUUCUUUUUAAAACCGGGAGUUUGGAUUCAGGUCGCGUUUUCAUGGUCCGAGACCCCAGGACUGAAGUUAUUCACAGACGGUUUUGAACAGUUAUCUGUGACGUCACCGGAAGUAAGAGAAUUAGGGAUGUCGGACUACCAGGAAUCCAGUGAUAUAUAUGUUGGUUUGGACGAAUAUGGAAAACCAUUCGAUUCGUCUGAAAGCUUUUACGUGCGAGAUGUAACUAUUCACAAUACAGCAGCAAAGAUUGACGAGCUCACCAAAACAUUGGACAAGCGAAAAGCGAAAUACGCUUUUUACAACAUUUAUAGCGCGGACGAUUACAACAGAACAUGCGAACUCCACGAAGGUGAUGGUAUAAUCAAGCCUUUUCCUUCAACAAUGAGCCCAUUCCAUAAAAACAUUGCUGUUAAAAUAUAUCGCAAUCCAGGUCAGUAUAAUGUAAGCGCAAUUUGUACAAAUAUUUAUGGUAACACAACUGACUCUAAAUUGUUUUUGGCUCGAGACUUUAAUGUUAAAUCCGUAUAUCAGGAUCAGUCUAAGGACUACAUCAUCAAAGUGGACGGAAUCGAUGCCUUUAAGACAGCUAUGACAGUAGAACUGAAUCAAACACAAGCCAACUUUGAGCUUAACGCCGAUGGUGUGAAGGUUUUAGCAUCUGGGUUAAUCCCAGGUUCGGAUAAUCUUCUUACAUUAGCUGCUGGGGAUGUCCGACUCAGCACAACCAUUUUACGAGCAGAGAAACACCUCCCUUACCCUGCUAUCACAUGUAACACGACAAGAGGCGAAUGGAACAUGAACGUGGAAUUCACCUUUGAGAUCCCAGCCGGAGAUCAUAUCAUAGCAACAAUAGAUUAUGGUUUAGGGGAAUCUGAGAAGGAAUUUUAUUAUGUACUUGACGCUCCGACAACCCGGUACAUCAACACAACAAAAUCAUUCACGGAGCUCGGAUUCUUUACAGUUACGUUAACGGUUAAUAACGACAUAUCCUCAAGGAGUUGGUUAAAAUCGUUGUCCGUCGAGAUACCCAUAACAUCUGUUAGUGUUACGGCCAGUAACGUGACGUCUUUAUCCCAACCAGUCGUAUUUAACGUGGACGUAAACAGCGGAGAGCGGGGACCGGUUGAUGUGGAUAUAGAGAUCGAUUUUGAUGACGGAACAGCGCCGGUAAUUUUAAAACACCACAAUACUGAUAAUACUGGCUUUAGUACAUUCCAGUAUUCAUACACUUAUUCGAACUGGGGGAUCUAUGAUGUGAAAGUUCGCGUUUUUAAUAACAUUACUUCCGUGUUUGGCAAUAUCAUCCUACAAGCUGGAGAAAAUAUAACAUUCCUAGAUGUCACGACUGAAGCGGAGAGAAUAUCUACCAAUAGCGAUGUUUCUUUUUCCAUUACCUGUCCAACUGGUUCUGACAUAACGUAUGAUAUGACUUUUGGCGAUGGUACCACGUUUACUCUCCAAGAAUCUUCUACAAACCCAACCAGUAACAGCCAUACGACUGCACAGCUAGAAUCGGAUAACACUGUUACAAUGACGCAUACUUAUUUCACACCAGGGUAUUAUACAGUAAACGUCACAGCAGAAAAUGUAUUUGGUACUGCCACGACCACAUUAUGUCCCACGGUUGUUGUUGAUAGCACGGAGACUACCGAUCCACCUGUUUGUUCCAUUACCAUGGUGACAUUUAGAGACAUGAAUUCCUCAUUAACGAGUCCGUUUAAUGUGAAGCGAUCAGAAGACACAUUGAUUACAGUGGACGAGGAAAUGAGCUGUAAAAUUAACGCAACAUCAAACUUCUCGUGGAAAGCCUCAAAGAUGGUUUUGGAUGGUGGAACCCAAAGCGAGGAAACAGUUCAUGAAAUCUGUUUGUUUCAAGAGAAGAACAAUACUUUAUUAAUUCCAGCUCUAGCUCUGUCAUACGGUCUUUAUAAGAUUACAGUGACUGUGGCACCUACCGACCAUGAUCUUAUCAGCUAUUCAAAAACUCUCUACCUCCAAGUUGUUAUGUCGAACCCUGUCGCGGUCAUGGAAGGUGGUGAGGUGCAGAGUUUUCUGGUUUACGCGACAGCCAUAUUUGAUAUUUCAAAUUCACGUGACCCUGAUCUGCAAACAGAUUGGCGUAGAAAAUUAUCGUAUCAUAUGUUUUGCAUGCCUGAAUAUAAGCUAGCUAGUGUCGAAGACAAAAGUUUAAAGGAAUUGCAGACUUUGGGUUCUAAGAUCGGUAAUAAGACCAUGUAUCGGACUGCCACUAAAAAUGACAUUAACUUCUAUCAGAUAGAAACGUGUUUUAACAAUACAGGAAGUCUUAUGGAAGACUUAGCUGUUUACAACGGAAAAGUUACCUUCGCGGCUAAUCACUUUCUUGGUAACUUUUUCUCGUUUGGAUUUAUGCUGUUUGUGUCGAGGGAGGGGUUGGUGAGUGGAACAAAGCAGAUUGUGGAGGUGAGAAAGAGCAAUGCUAGUUUGGAUGAUUUGAGUUCACUGUUAGAUAUAGCUUUAAAUGCUGACCCGGAUACAGCUAUUAGAUUGCUAGAUGGUGCUGCAUCUUCAAUUCUUAAUGCCUCGCCUACAUCCGUGGAUGACCAAGAAAAGUUGGCCAGUUCCACAGAAGCGGUGGUUGGAACUCUGGGAUCUGUAGCUAAAAGGGUAGAUAACUCCAAUCAAGCCACAAAAUGUGCUAAAACAUUUGGUACAAUGACAAGUAACAAAGCCCUCGUUAACGAAGAAUCCAGGAGCAAAGCUGCACAAGGGUUAGGAGAUCUAGCUAAUGGUACAGCUAAUAUGGGCGAUGCCACUGUCGACGAUGCUUCUAAUUUUGCGGGAGCUUGCCUUGGAGGAUUUGAUAAUAUUUUCCCAGCAGUACCCGUGGAAACUGUGAAACGAUCAAGACGAUCUGCUGGCCAAGCACCUCCAGCAUCUUUUGAUACAACCAUGUCACCGCUAGAUUUCACCACUAGUAGUUAUUUCAAUGACCAACCCGAGGAAACCGUUCAAGAACUGUCAAUGGCACCGUGCGAUGUAGCGGGUAGACUUUUGGACAAACUACCAGAAUUAAACACCUACGAUGAACUUCUUUACUUCAUCUGUGACGAUUGUGCAUUAUUCCGAAAAAUCAUGCGAAGUCAAACAGUGCAAUCAGAAUGUCCAUGUGUAGAUGUUGAUGAUAUUAAUGCUAUGCAGUGUAGUGGCGAUUUUACUCUGCAAGAUAAGAUAUUUGCUGUCAUGACCUAUCUUGAACACCCAGGAGAUCUCUAUCAGUAUUAUGUUAAGCCACUUCUCGAAGCAAAGGCUCAAAGAGAUGAAGAACGUCGUCUAACGGAUGGAAAAGUCUCCAAAGCUGGAUCAGAUGCCUUGAUGACUGUAGCAGGAACAGUUAAUGAUAAAGCACCUAAAGAAGAUACAUCCACACGAAGUUUCCAGUCUAAUCGACUUGGACUAAAGGUUCAGAAAAUUAACAGUAAUAAAAAUGGCACAGCAAAUGAGUCUGGAAGUCAGUCCAUGGAGAUGCCAACCGGUGCUUUUAAUUUACCUCUUGGUAUUUUAACUGGCGCAGCUGAUUGUGAAAAUGUUAAUACGAUGUUUUUAGGAGACAAUGACAAUCCAUACACAUUUUCAAAGGAGAAAGCUAAUGUUGGUAAAGGUGUUCUGUCUUUAGGCUAUUCAUGUAAUGGGGAGAAGGUUAUCGUGCAGGAUACGGAUGAACCAAUUGAGCUGUGGAUGAAUCGUGAUUCUGAUGCCUAUGUGGCAGGUACCUUCGUUUUAUUGACCAGAUGGGGUGAAGACAAGAUAUCCUUCAACUACCAUCCUGUUAACCUCACAGAUAGAAAUGCUUCACUGCAAGUUGUGUUAAAACCCGGAGCUAGCACCGAGUCUUUUUAUGUUUAUGUUAGUUAUGACAUUCGACCGAAUGAAACACAUUAUGAUUUCAUGGACACAGUUCCCAAAACAGAUAUAUCACACCUUGGAGAGAUAUUGGAUCCUUUAGCUGUAGAGGAACUUCUUUAUACUGUCACAAUACCACCAGAAUUGACAUCGGAGAAUGGUACAUACUGGAUUGGUGUCAAACUGAAGCGCGGUACCGUAUCUUUAACUGGUGAGUUAUCAAAUCAUACAUACAGUUUAUUAAACUUGAUAUCUGGAUGUCGAUACUGGGAUGAAGACAACGAAAGAUGGUCGUCUGAAGGAUGUAAUGUUGGUCCGCAAACAACAAAAUAUAAAACACAAUGUUUCUGUAACCACUUGACAUCAUUCGGAUCUGAUUUUGUUGUACCAGUGAAUACCAUUGAUUUUACCAAUGUAUGGGCCAAGUUCAACAACCUUAGUGAAAACGCUGCUGUAUUUUCAACUGUUAUUACAAUACUUUGUCUAUAUCUGAUCUCGCUGAUAUGGGCAAGACAUAUGGACAAGAAGGAUCUUCUGAAGUGGGGAGCCAUGCCCUUAGCUGAUAAUCUACCAACAGAUAACUACCACUACCAAAUAGCCGUACAGACAGGCAUGAGGAAGAACGCGGGUACAGAAUCUAAAGUCAGUUUCAUUUUGUCUGGUGAUGAUGCUGAUACUGGGGUUAGACGAUUGUGGGAUGAGAAGAGAAAGCGCUUACCACGAGGAACAAUUUUCAACUAUGUACUUAGUGUUGAGGGUCCACUUGGUGCUCCAACAUUCCUGAGAAUAUGGCAUGAUAAUACUGGUAUUGGUAAAUCAAGAUCAUGGUACUUAGAUCAGGUUCAACUAACAGAUUUACAAACAGGAGAAAAAUUUUUCUUCCUGUGUGAUCGCUGGUUGGCUGUAGAAGAAGACGAUGGCAUGGUAGACAGGAUUAUACCAGUUGCAGGAAUCAAUGAUCUGAUCGCCUUCAAACAACUCUUCUCGUCUUCAGCACGUAAGAAGCUGGCUAAUGAGCAUCUAUGGGUUUCCGUAUUUUCUCGUCCAACUCGAAGUAAUUUUACUCGAGUCCAGCGUAUAUCUUGCUGUAUGGCUUUAUUAUUUCUAACUAUGAUCACCAACUGCAUGUUCUUUAAGGCUGAAGAUAAUGUUCAACACGUCACAGCGUUGACAUUAGGACCGUUCCAGUUUACCUUACAACAAGUCUAUAUCAGUGUGGUCAGCACCUUAAUAGUUUUCCCGGUCAGUUUUAUCUUGGUUACCUUUUUCCGGAGAUGUCGACCAAAAAAGAACACCAUUAUGCAAAAUCACCAGCAAGUUAAACGCAACAAAUUUAAGUGGAAGAACAUCAACAAUCAAUCUGCUGUUUGGGGAGCACAAGCCAAAAGAUCAAGACUGGCCAAACUUAAAGAUAGUCUCAACAAUAUUCUCAGCUUCCAUCAGAAAUCGAAAUACGAGACAGACACAGCAACGUUGAGAUCAGCGACACCUACCGAGAGAAAAAAGAAACGGAAGAAGGAACCCUUUACCUUACCACAUUGGUGUUUGUACAUCGGAUGGGUUUUGUGCUUUUUUAGCGUUGCGGGUUCUGCUUUUUUCACCAUCCUAUACAGUAUGGAAUGGGGAAAUGAAAAGUCCACCGAUUGGUUAAUAACUUUCUUGAUGUCAUUCUUCCAGUCAGUCAUCAUCAUCCAACCAAUCAAGGUAUUAUUGAUAGUUGCGUUCUUGGCGUGCAUCUUGAAGAAACCCGAUUUAGAUGAAGAAGAUGUAGGCGAAGAUUUUGAUACAAUAAUUCAUCCUGAUGAAGAAACUGUAAAGAAGAAAGAUGUCGACGUUCAUGCUUUGUUGAUGCAGAGGAAGUUAGCUAACAGUGAUUACAGACCACCUGAUCUGUCAGAACUAGAAGAAACCAGACAACUGCGGCUUAAUGAAAUAAAGAUGGAAGCUGUCGUUAAAGAUAUAGUUGUAUAUGCUUUCUUUGUUCUCAUCAUUUUCUUUUUAUCAUAUCAACAAAGAGAUUCGGAAGGAUUCUACUUAGCUGAUAAUCUUAAAAACAGAUUUGCGACAGGCUUCGACAAGAUAUCGACUGUUCAGAAUUAUUGGUCUUGGUUAGAGUCACAGUUUAUGCCUAAUUACUAUGCAACCCAGUACUUUAAUAAUACUAAUAUUAUUAACUGGCAGGAUAGAAAUUGUAUAUCAGAUUUAGAAACCAGACGAGUGGGUGUGACCAGAUUAAGACAGUUGCGGAUCAAAGAAGAUUCUUGUGAAAUCCGGGGCAUUUUUAAGGGUUAUAUCAACCACUGUCGUAGUCCGUAUGGUUGGGUUGACGAUGAUACAAAAGAUUACUUUACCAAAUGGAUGAAGCCCGUUGGUAUAAAUGUUAGUUUACUGGAGGACGAAAAGAAUCCAUGGGUGUAUCAGAAUUCGUUACAACUAAAAAAUGCUCCAUAUGUGGCUACCAUUGCCAGUUACAAAGGUGGUGGUUACGUAGCUCUUACCAAACGCCAACUAUGUCGUACACGUAAGGUUAUUGAAGAUAUAAAACACAACGACUGGUUAGAUACAAAAACGAGAGCGGUAUUUUUGGAAUUCACAUUAUACAAUCCGAAUUCCAACCUCUUCGCGUCUGUGGUGAUGGUCGCUGAAUUUAUGGCAGUUGGUGGCGUCACUACAAGAACAGAAUUCAAGGUGUUCCGUUUGUUAAGUUAUAUCGGAGCGUGGGGAGUGGUUAUAGUUCUAUUUGAAGUCAUCUAUGCUUGUUUUACAUUCUACUUCUUUAUUCAAUGUAUCAAAAAACUAAAGAAAGAGAAAAUGAAAUAUUUUAAAAGAUUCUGGAAUCUGCUUGAGUUUAUCCUGUUGGUUUUCGCUGUAACAGUUAUUGCCAUGUACGCCUUUAAACAUAUUUUAACCAAUCUAGCUAUCAAUGCUCUACAUGACCGUGAAUCUGAUGGUUUUGUUAAUUUCCAGUCCGUCGCUCUAUAUGAUGAAACGUAUGGUUAUAUGAUGAGUGUUGUCGUGUUUCUAGCCACUAUACAAUUCCUGAAACUUCUACAAUUUAACCAGAGAAUGAGUAUGUUGGGAGACACAAUCAAACUCGCCACAAAAGAUCUUAAAGUUUUCUCCAUCGCUUUUCUUAUAUAUUUCUUUACUUUUACGUUCACUGCGUAUUUGCUGUUUGGUCAAGCCAUGGUUUCGUAUAAUUCUUUAAUUGGCGCCGCGGAGUCCAUGUUUGCUUUUGCCUUGGGUAGUUUUGAUUUCGAAGGAAUGGCGGAUGCGCAAAGAAUCAUCGGUCCUAUCUUUUUCUUCAUGUUUAUUGGUGUAAUAUAUAUUGGGAUGAUGAGCAUCUUCCUCACCAUCAUUGGCGAUGCGUUCACCAGAGUUAAAGAGGAUGUUACACUCCGAUCGAAUGAGUACGAAAUUGUUGAUUUCGUGUGGAAGCGCUUCAAGGCCCUGCUGGGAUUGACUUAGUUGCUAUGUAUUUAAAUUGUGAUUGCUCUUUAAGAACAGAGUCGAACAGUGUGAUAAUUUGCGAGCAAUCAAUUUGGAAAUCAAGUGGGAAAAAAGAAGAGACCAAUUUCGUUAUAUCAAGAACUAAUUUACUUGUAUAUGCAGAACUUUGUAUAGAAUAAUUGUAAACAAGGCACAAUUUUAUGCAAUAAACGUGUAAUUACUGUUUUUCACUGAGGAUUCUUUUGUCUUUAUUAAGGAGUAACAAACAGUAAUUGUAUUCCAUAGAAUUGUGUCCUGUGUAUUUGCAGUUAGUCACUAAAUGCCACUGAAAUAAGCAAUAAUUUUGUUUGAGUUAAAUUACAUUAUUGAACGUGUAUGUGUAUAGGUCUUUGUAACCAAUAUUAUCCUCUUUAUAUUGUAAGAACAUUCACAAUAACAUAAUAUGUAUAGUUUAAGUUUUUAUCAUUUAAAUAAGAAUAAACAUAGAACAUAGCAAAGUCCCUGGAGAAUAAAUGUUUAUAUUGCAGGCUAUAUAUUUAAAUCUAUAGUAAUAACCCCAGCACUUUUCUAAUUGUUAAUGACAAACGUGUUUUACCACGUAAAGCCAAAUUCACUUAAAUAUAUUGAAUUGUUGUACAUUACUGAAUGUGUGUGUGGUGAGACAGCUCUAGGAAGAAACGCACUGAAAAGACCGGACUAUAUUGGUAAGACUUUGAUACUUUGUUCAUUACAUAUAUGGAAGUACAUUUACUAUCUGAACUUUAAGGGUCCGCUUCGAAUUUCAAAAAUCCGUCGAAUGUCUUUGAUUUGUGUAAAAUUCCAGAAAUGACGUCCAAUUCGUCAAGAGUAUUUCUAUAGCUCGAGAAAUACAGAACUAUAAACAUAAAAAAAUCCCUCGUCCAAUUCGGUAAUAGUAUUUCUAGGAGCUGGAGAAACACAGGGCUAAGGACUAUAACUAUUCAAAUGAUCGCUGUUGGCCUUUAAAAAUAUGUGUAUGCCACGGAUCUAGUAGUUAAAACAAGCUUAUGCAAGCAAGAUUUUGUUUGUCUUUGCCCUUUCUACGCCGUCCAAUAUUUUUUGUAGAUUUUUAACUUAAUUACCCGAGUGUCUCAUUUACAUGUAAUAAUAUGGAUAUUUUUUUCCCGUUUUUAAUAUAUUGUUGUCAAGUUUGUUAAUUUGUUUUCAAUAUUCAAAUAUUUUGCGAAACUCAAAAUAUUUAGAUUGUACUGUGAUAAUGUCAAACAUAUUUAAAACCGAGAAAUUUAGCCGGACCUGUAUUUUAUCUGACUGUUGAAUUUAUGUUAUAAUAACUUAUAUUAUCUAAUGAGUGGUUAAGUAAUAAAUAUUCUGCCAAUAAA